AUGGAGAUCGCAACCAGUGCUGACGGGCAGAUGGCGACAAGCGAUGCGCUAGCGUUGGUGGCAGCAAAGCGGCGGAAGCGGUCUCGAAGCCGCAGCCGGGCCGAGCUUGUGACGCUUGUUCUCACCGACGUCGAUGUGUGCCCAGGCGAGGGGUGGAACUAUGUGUUUGGCCUCGCGCGUGCGGUCGACGGCGCGGCGGUGGCGUCGAGCGCGCGGACGAUGGGCAGUGAGGCACCGGACGAUGUACGGCUUCUGUUCAAGGUGUCAGCACACGAGAUCUGCCACCUCUUUGGCCUUAAGCACUGCAAGAGGUACACGUGUCUGAUGAACGCCACAAACUCGCUCGACGAGCUGGAGGCCAAGCCGUACCAUCUCUGCCCGCCGUGCCUCCGCAAGCUCGCCGCUGGGCUGGGUGCGGACGAUGACGCCCUGGCGGCGCGCGCGGUUGGCUUGGGUCGCUAG